AUGUCGAUCAGCCCACUCAGAUCACCUUCGAAAAAGACAAGAGAAAUAAUCAAUGUUGAUUUGCGACGAUUCAGUGCAACGAGCUUGUCUCCAGUAAAGACAACGCCCAAUGGACGGUCCGGAUUGAGGUCGCCGGAGAAAAGACUGAUUAUCGACUUGGACCAAUCAGCAAAGAAACGGGCAAAACGCACCUUGUACAGCAGAUUGAUGCAAGAGUAUGAAGACUCGAGUGAAAAUGAAUUGGCCGGUCAAGAACUCAAACUUGCAGAAAAGAUUCUUGACGAGUAUAACGUCAACUAUGGGAGCGACGUCGAGUUAGAAAUCGAUGAAUCCGAGUCGAAACCGACAAGACGACGAAGACAGAAACGUACUCCAAAAGCAAAAAGCAAGGUUGAACAUUUUCUGGAAGACAGCAUGGACUCUGACUUGGAUGUCGACUACGAAGCAGAAAAGGAGAUAAAGAAAACUGAAGCAAAGCCAAGGGCAUUUAAGCGUCGAAGAAAGCCCGAGGUAUUAAACAAGGUGAAAAGCAUCUUUCAACAAGACGAUGACAUGUUUGGUCUGCUGCAGUCGUUAAAGGCUUCUUCAUCGUCACCAGCACCAGCAUUUGCACCGGUAUCUGAACCAGCAUCUACACCAGCAUUUGAAUCAACAUCUGCAUUGGAACCUGCAUCAGAGUCGAAUCCUCCAUCUCAAUCACGAUUGCAAUCACCAAAGAGAAAACCCGCAAAACCCACCAGUUCAUUUGCCGAGACACUACUCCAAUCAAAUCAGUAUACAAACAACAUAAUCAGUGGAGUCAAAAAUGGCGACGAGAAAACUAAAACUGAGGCAAAAUUUGAACCACUCCCACUUCCCAAGUUGGACACAGACGGCCACAUCGCCGAUGAAGAGUACCUCAUAAAAUACAUGAAUGGACAGGACCCCUCGAAAACAAAUUACGAAAGAUUAGUUGACGAGCAAGCAUUCUCGUUGGAAGGACCCGAAGGUUACUUUGAACAACUACAUGCCAGGUUCAGAUCCAACACCAAAUCAUUGAGCUCGUCUGCACCUUUAGUCACCAGAGAUGAGUUUCGAAAGGCAAUCCAAUUGGGCGACCUGCUCUUGCACGAGUCUAAACAAGCUCUUAAGAAAGUUCACAAAUCCCUUUACCACCAAUGGUGCUUUGAGCUUUCGCAAGGUUUCAAUAUCAAUUUCUUUGGUGUUGGCUCCAAGAUCAACAUCAUCAAUGACUUUGCUGAAAACUAUUUUAUAGAUUGGUGGAACGAUGUCUAUACAGGCAAAACUCCUCCCCAAAUCCUCGUUGUCAAUGGCUACAACCCAAAUGUCGAUUUCAAGUCCAUUGUUUUGCAAAUAGCUGAUAUCCUUGUUCGAGAAGAAACUGCAAAGCUUCCCAAACACAUUUCCGAAACAGUUCCUUUCCUCGUUGAUUACAUGAAAAACCAAAAGUUGACUAUGCCAAAACUAGUGUUGAUUGUACACAGUAUAGACGGAGAGGCGUUGAGACUGGAUAAGAUCCAAGGGCUUUUUGCGCAACUAAUCAGCAUCCCCGAGAUUUGGGCAAUCACGUCAACGGAUCACGUGAAUGCGCCACUAUUGUGGGAUCUGUCAAAGUCCAAGAACCUGAACUUGAUCUGGCACGAUAUGACAACUUAUGAAGGCUACACUUCAGAGCUUUCGUUCAAGGAUAUUCUUGGCUUAGGAAAAUCCAAAAAGUUUGUUGGUAGUCUUGGUGCCAAGUUUGUGCUUGGCUCAUUAACUGAAAACCACCGCACAUUAUACCGCAAGCUUAUGGAGAGUCAGUUGAACAAGAUGAAACCCGUCGCUGAUGUGAGAGGUGUGGGUCUCAAGGGAGUUGUAAAGUACGCUACGGAGCUCAGAGAGUUGCUCAGGGAGUGUCUUAGUGCAUUCAUUGUAGCAAACGAGAUUACGUUUAGAACAAUGAUGAAGGAAUACAUUGACCACAAAAUGUGUCAAUUGGUCAAGGAUGCAGCCGGGUUGGAGCUUUUGUUUAUCCCAUUCACCUAUGGAGAAAUAGAAGAGCUUAGCAAGCAAGAAUUUGAAACGUAA